CAAUUGAAUGCCCUUAAAGCCGCCGAAAAUCUGGAGUGGGCAUGUAGUGACUGCAAUUUAAAUAGUUCACGUAGAAAAUCAUAUACUGUGCUACAAGACGAUGACGAUGAAGAAGAGGAACACAUCCAAAUACCGGAAGCCUCAAUUAAUAUAAAAAAACUUGUGGAAGAUAUUAAAAGAGAAGUUUGUAACACUAUCUCCCGCGAAUUACAGUCACUGAACAACGCAGUGCAGUACUGCAGUGAGAAGAUUGAUGAGUUCACUGAAGCGCUCAGUGAAAUCUCAACUAAGACGAAAGAAGUGGAGAAGAAACAGAAAAAUUUAGAAAACAGAAAUAUCUACCUAGAAACUAAACUCGAAGCCCUCGAACAAAGAUUUACCGAAAUCGAACAACACCACCUUGCGGAUUCAGUUGAGAUUGUGGGAAUUCCAGAAAUAAGUGACUUUAAACUAAGUGAACUUAUUCAAAACAUUGCAGACAGAUUUCAAGCGCCUAAACAUGACGUAAUAUCGAUUAAACGAUUACCGUCACGAAGGCCAGGAGCCAGACCAGUCAUCGUCAGGCUACGGGAAGGUGCCACUCGUCAACGCUUCCUUACUGCGGCUCGCGAGAAGGUCUUCACUGCGGGUGACAUCAUGCCAGGCCUGACGGGACCGCCGGCCGCCGAAAAAAUAUUUAUACGUGAA